AUGCUGCGUCUCGUGUUCGUUGUGCUGGCGUUCCUUAGCAUUGAAAUCUUUUGUCAAGAGGUGGAAAUAAGCGAUGAGGAAUUAUUUGUACAGCCACAGCCAGCACCUAGCGAGGAGUUGCACAUAAAUGAGAAUGAUUUCUACACGGGCUCGCCCGAUAUGAGUGCCAUUUUGUCUUUUGUGGAUCCACCGUUGGGCCAACUGGAGUCCCCAAGCUCAAUAUCUCUUGUAGCAGGGAAGCCAGCUAGUUUCAUUGUGUUAUUGGAGAACAGUCGAAAUAGUUCUAAUUCAUACUCCCUGCAGAUCCUUGAGGCCGCUCUUCAUUAUCCAAGGUAUUUUGGCUACCAUAUUCAAAAUUUCACUGUCCAACGCCUCCAGAACACCUUGGAACCGAAACAGCAGGCCAGUCUUCAUUACACUUUUGUUCCAGCAGCAGAACUCACAGGGCAGCACUUUGAUUUAGCCGUCAUUCUGACGUAUCACGAUCAAACUGGCAAACUUUACUCCCAUGCCCUCUUUAAUGAAACCAUUGCGUUUUUAGAAGACGCAGAAGGAAUGGAUUUUGAGCUAAUAUUCCUCGGGUUGAUGAUAGUUGGUGUCUGUGUUCUCGUUCUCAUUUUUAUUUGGCAUUGGAUCUCCAAAAAGGCGGGCAGACGACCACAUGGUGGCAAGCCAGGACUUGCUUCCAACGGGACUGAUGGCAUGAGGCUCAAUGAAUACGUAACAAAGAAGUCACCCCGUCAACCUAAUUCAGGAAAUGGAAACGUUAACUCCAAAAUGAAGCAUCGCCAAGGCAAGAAGUAA